GGUAGCUGUAGACUAGAGAUGUAGCUCAGACAGGGAAAGAAGAUGCAUUCAACCUCUUCACAUUUUUAUCUGUACAUCUUCAGCAAGUUAAAAUAUUGAUAACACAAUUUCGUCCUGCAGAUGACUACCAUACGGCACUAGACGCCAUCAGGGAGGUUUUCGGCUCGCAGUCGGCCCGGAUGUGGCAGGCGACCGAGGCUGUCCUGACGGAGCACCGCGCAGACGGCCCGCCCAGAAAACCCGCCAUCCUGGUCAUCGGGGCCCCGCCAGGAGCCCACAGGACGGCUGACCUGCUCGCUGAAGCUUUGGCAAAGAUCUAUUCAGGACAGCCCCUGAUGGUCGACAGUCACCAGUUCAGUCACGUUGACGCCGACCGAGCGAAGCUUCACAUCGACCGCACGCUGGACUCGACAUUCAGCGGGGACGUUCGGUCUGCAGUGUUCACCAGGGUCGACAGUCUGCCCAGCGCCGCCGCCAUGAUAUUCCACUCCUACUGCGACCAUGACGACGCGCAGUUCAAGAACGCCGCCUACUUUAUGACAGUACACUGCAGUGAUGACGUUGACCCUAACGCUUCACCCAAGGCACAAGAAGAGGUUAUCCUGGACUACCUGAAGCGCUCCUGGAGUGACCUACACGAGGAGAAGCGUGGGCCACUUCUCAGCAGAAUUGCGUCCAUGGUGGCGGUAGUCAAGGCUGAGGAAAACAUAGAAGUAAUCCCAACGGUGCAUACUUAAUGGUAUUACAACGUUAGAUAUUUGUUGGGUCCUGAUCUAAAUACUGUAAAUGAAGAAAAGUUCGUUCGCGGUGGUUUUAUUUUCG